AUGGGAAAGGAUCAAACUCCUAAUAUCAGUAUAACAAACAACAGUAUACAUUCUCAGACACUCAACAACAAGGCCACAUUAUCUCUAAACAAGAAGAAAAGAGAUGCUAUUAACAAGAAACUUAUCCAGGAGAGACAAUCAGAGCAAACAAGUGAGAACUAUGUCCUGAUACCAGAACAAGCAGUAAUCCAGAUGCAGUCUGCAGAACAGAGUAAACUUAGUCAGAAAACCAUAUCAGAUGGUUUUGAAGAGGAGUACACAGUUACUGACCAUGACACACCUCUACAAAUUUAUGAUGUAUCCAAUGAGAGGCAGGAGCUUAGUAAAGAAGACAAUACAGAAAACUUAUCUGAUGAAUAUAGGGUCACUCAUUCUGAAGAUGAGGAAGACCCUGACCAAUGGGAGGAUGAACAACAGGAAAACCAAUUAGAGACAUUCAGAUCCAAUAUGGCAGCCUUAUUGCAGAAGGAAACUCAGCAAGAAAAGGAGAAGAAAGAGCCACCUUCCAAAAGUAAGCAGGAAAGGAAGAGGAGUAAACAAAGCUUAAUCAGCAGAUCAGAUAAUGUUGCAGUCAAAAGCAACAUCAACACAAGGUCUAAAUCCUACAAGUUAUGA